AGUUUGAGAAGAUGCGGCUCUUCGUUUUGCUUGUGGGUUUUGACGAGGUAUAUGUUUGUAACAAGCGAAUCGAGAGCUAUGGCAAAACUGGGGAUUUGGAACACGCGCGAGCAGUGUUUGACAGCAUUGUUGCAAAGGAUGCCUUCUCGUGGUCGUGCAUUUUACGAGCAUAUUGUCAAAACGGGCAUUUUGUUCAGGCAAAAGAGCUCUUUGAUUCCAUGCCGCAACGAAACGUUGUUUGCCAGAACAUUAUUUUAUCAGCGUUUGGAAGACAUGGCCACUUUGGUGUUGUAAAGUCCUUUUUUGAUAGCUUGCCUGAGGUUGAUCUCGUUUCUUGGAACACUCUUCUCUCGGCUUAUGCCACAAGAGGGUAUUUUUACGAUGCAAAAACCAUCUUUGAUGAGAUGCCUUACAGGGAUCUCAUCUCCUGGAACACACUCAUUGGUGCAUAUGCCAAACAAUCAAACUCAGCAGAGGCUAAGAUCUUAUUUGAUAAAAGCCCAGCGAGAAGUUUGGCCUCAUGGUCUGCUUUGGUUUGCGCUUAUGCCCGUAAUGGCCAAAUAGAUAUAGCCCAGUCCCUCUUUGAUGCAAUGCCGGAGAGGAAUUUGGUAAGCUGGAAUGCUUUGUUGUCUGGCUUUGGAAACUGUGGUGAGAUCAAAAAAGCUAAAGCCAUUUACAAUAGGAUGCCGGAACAUGAUCUAAUUAGUUGGAAUGCUUUGAUUGCAUUACUGGUAGCAAACUCCCAAUUUGACGAAGCCAAGGAGUUGUUUUCUCGCAUGCCCGAGCGCGAUUUGGCGACCUGGAACAUUAUGAUUAAUGUCUAUUGCCAAGACGAAAACUUUAAGGAAGCAAAGUUUGUGUUUGACAUGAUGCCGGAGGCCGAGCUUACAUCUUGGAACAGCUUGCUUUUAGCAUAUACCCGUUCUAGGCAAAUGGAUCUCGCAGAACAUGUGUUUACUUCUAUGCCUUUUCUCGACACCAUUUCAUGGACGACGAUGGUGGACGGCUACAUUCGUGUUGAAAAGUUGGACAAGGCCAAGCAAGUUUUGGAUAGGAUGCCACAACUUGAUGUGGUAGCUUGGACUGCUUGGUUCUCUGCGUAUGCCAUGGUUGGAGAUCUGGAGAUAGUGAAACAAAGCUUUGAUGAGCUACAUUUGCAAAAAGAUAUAGUGGUGUGGAUUGCCUUGUUAUCUGCUUACGUACGCCGUGGCUGUCUCGAUGAAGCUAAGAAUACUUUCACUCAAAUGCCUGAAAGGAGUUCAAUCUGCUGGGCGAUGAUGAUCACUGCGUGUGCCCAAAACAGGCAUUUGAAAGACGCAUUCUCGCUGUUCAUGGAAGUUCCGGAGAAUAGCUUGUGUGUUUGGAAUGCAAUGCUUGUGGCAUAUGCUCAGAUGAGUUCGAUAUCUCGUUUGGAGCAGUUCUUUCAGGAUAUGCCCGAGCGAAGUGUAGUUGCAUGGGGCGUGAUGAUAGCCAAGUUUGCUCUCGCCGGUGACAUACUCGAGGCAUUCCAAGUUUUUUACCAUAUGAAGAUGGUGGAUUUGCCCGACGAGGCUUGUUUCGUGUCGCUGCUAAUCGCGUGUAGCCACGAAGGUGAAGUCUAUCGAGGGAGAAGUUUGUUCGCAUCUAUGGUGGAAGAUUAUGGAAUCACACCCACGAGACAGCACUACUGCUGCAUGGUUGAUUUGCUAGCCCGCGCCAAGCGUUUAGAGCACGCGAAAGAGCUCCUUAGUGCCAUGCCAUUUGAAGAUAAAUCAUUCGGCUGGACAUCAGUUAUAAGUGCUCCAUUGUAAAGGGUUUAAGGGUGUAAGUUAUUAGGUCAUGGCAAAGCUUGGAAAGACGAGAUGUGGUGC